AUGGUGAGCAGCGCGGAUGCGGAGGGCCAGGGCCAAAGCUUCGAAACACAAUCCGUGAGGCGUCGGAUAAAUGCAAACAAACGAGGUCAAGGGGAAAGCAGAGCAGAGCAGGGAGAGACAGAGGCAGAGGGAGCUGCAGGCAGUGGGCAGUGGGCAGUGGUCAGCAUCCGAGAGGCACCCAGCGCGGCGGUGGCCUGGAUGGUGAUAUACAUGUGGCCCAGCAUGGCCGUGAGCAUCAGCAGUAGCUGGAUGGGAUUCUAUGCGGCGCUCAGUCAGGGCGUGCCAUGA